AUGGAUACGGGGGUUAAAAGAGGAUUUGAACUAUGGGUGCCACAAUCACUCUUACUUUCAAAGAUUUGCGGAAUAGAUGUGUCCCAAGCUCCGUACAUAGGCACACCCAGUAAUCCCGAUUGCAAAAACCCAUUUAAUUUGCUUUUUUUCACUCCUACACACAAUUUCAACGAACCAACACUGUCUUUCCCAAUCUGCACACUUUUCAGAAACUGCCCAAAUUUCGACGGCCACGCCAAUGACAUUUUGAGCGCCGAUGAAUCAGAAAAGAUAGAGAAAUUUAGGGAAUGCUUUUUAGCUCUAUUAAAUCAGGGAAGAGGCACCGGAUUUUCGGAUAAAGUUGCAUUUCUUAACGUAGCCUUCUUGCACUUCGGCGGUAAGACCAGUAGGGGUUAUAUGAGCAAGGGUGAAAUACAGUGUUUGGCCACUACUUAUACUGGUAUUUUUGACAGUGGCAAGACAGAAGAGUCUGUUUUCACUUGUUUGGACAGGAAAGAUGUAGGUAUGAUAUCCGAUUUGGAUUUUGUUUGUGGAUUCAUAGCAUGUUCGCCAGAAGUUAAUGAUUCACCAAAAUCGCACGAAGGCAAAUUGAGGUUGCAACACAUUUUUAGAGCGUAUGAUAUAGAUAAAGAUGGACUAUUGAACAAAUCUGAGUUGAGAUUGUUGAUUUCUGAUAUUUAUAAACAUGGUAAUUUUGAAAACUUUCAACAAUCAGUGGUACAAGAUGUUGAAAUGCUGGCAUCUCGAUUUGACCCUUUUACAUAUGAUGUGUUCUAUAAAUGCGUGGAAAUGGGCGCAAUUCAACAUACUGAAAAGCUAUUCCGCAUCACAUUCGAUUUGGCUGAGAAGGUGAAGGAACAUUUGGUAUUUGCUUUGGCUAAUGUACAAAUAUUGUCAACUGUGAACCCGAUAAGGGAACCCUUGUGGUCAAAGGAAGUUGAAAAGAUGUCGGCCACUAACAGCAUGGCUUUCACCCCUUAUAACAGCGAGCAUGAAAUUUCUGGUUUUAAGUACCCCUGUAUUGCUAGUGUAAAUUAUGGAUCAGCUAAUGGAGUAUAUGGAUUGCAUAGUGGAGUGUUUUCUGAUCGCAGUGGGAUGUCUUCUGAUAGAUCUGAAGGUGUUGAUGUUUACUCGCAUAUUAGCACGAUCUAUCCACAGCCACAAAGUGAUUGUACAAAAUUUCCAUAUCAAAUUGCCCAAUUUGACAUGCCGCAAUUUAAAACAAUCAACCCAAUUGAACCAUGCACCAUGCACAAUAAUUUUGAUCCACAAGGCAAAAAGGAAACUGUAUCUAAUAUGGAAAUCUCCACAAUAGAUGCUGAAUUUGCUACCCAAAAGGAUGACAAGAAGAUUGCCUUGGAGCUUGAUUAUAGGAUUAACACAUUAAUUAGUGAUUAUUUCAAGCGAUACAUCGGGCAUCACAGCGAGGCAAUUAUUGAUCAAAAAAUAGCAUCUUCUGUAUUUACUCAAAUGUAUACAACUUUCUUUGGCUUGGAAGUUCACAAAAUUGAGUCCCAAAUUAUCCCAUUUAGGUGGUGCAAUUAUCACAGUUUGCUAGUUCUGUGUAACAAUUUCUCCCACCUGUUGGCCAAGGAGGAUACGAUUGUCAAGAUUAAAUCGCCAACUCGCAUCAUAGGUGAACUAGGCAAUAAUUUUGUCGACCUAAUUCGCACCUUUAAUAUUUACGGUUGGCCCCUGCAUUCUAGGGCAAAUGACGAUUCCACCGCUUUAUCUCAUAUAAUUAUCAAUAUUUGUGGGCAAAUUAAUCCUCCACAUGCGCCAGUUUAUUCACUUGAAUGUCUAUUACUGGUUAUGUCAUUAAAAGUGUUGUUCCCCAAGCAUAUUACAAUUGUAGGCUAUUAUGAGAAAUCGAGCAACCCAAUCGAUACUUAUAAUUGCCAUUUAUAUAACGAUAUCCUAAAUAAAUUAAGCAAGUAUCACAAUAAUUUCAAUUUGCAAAGUGACAAAGCGUUGAUCAGCCAAUGUGCUAAGGAGUUAUUGAAUAAGAUAAUUGAUAUUUUUGACGUUAUGCCAAAGGGCGCGCUGGUAGAUCAAUCAAUUUUGGUUAAGGGCGUACCCUCCGAUUGUGAUGGUGUUUUUGGUAAGUAUUCAAUGAAUAAAUAUAUUCCCAGGCUAACUAUCAUUCCACAUCACUCUGAUCAAUCGACUAGUCUUGUAUCUUUGAGUGAGAAUCUAGCAAGCCUAUCAAACCCAUCUGGUUGUUACAAUCGCGUUAUUCCGCUUACCAAUAACUCAAAAGAUGGAUUAGAAGCAGCCAGUUUAUUCAUUUCUGGAGAUACGAUCGUUUAUAACUCUUUAAAUCCGCUUUGA